AUGGCAACGAAAGACCACUCAAAAGGGUGGCGUGACAUGCAUGGCAAAGGGAGCUCCAGGCAGCGCCGUCCGGCAAACCGCAGCACGGCGCCACCUCCCACCGUAAAGGAAUUCGUGAUAUGCUCUCCGCCCGGCUUGGAUGGCUCGCCGGCAGCUGAUCGAUAUCGAUCGCCUUCGCCAGGCCGGGUCGACGCGAGCGAGCUUCACCUGCAGACCCCACCUUGCAAGCUCUCCAACGAUGACACCGCAUCGUGUUUGGGCUACUCGCCAUUCCCCACACCGUACACUCCAAGGCGCGAGCAGUCGCAGCAUCCAAGUCGCCUGUUCGAGACCGACAUGACUCCGCCAAAAGUGGCCAUGGAACGCGGCGCAGGUGGACGAGGGGGCUCUGCAGGUCCUCAUGGCGACGAUGAGAUCUUGAAGAUAAAGAAGCCAGCUGGGGUCGUGGCCACCACAGCUGGACAUGGAGCAGAGGAUGCCUGGAGACACACCGAAGAUGCACUUGCUCAAAGUCGUGAUGCUUGGAGCAGCUUGCAAGAGGAGGGUGUGCACUGGUCACAGUACCGAAGCCAGGACCACGAGGAGGAAGCUCGGAACAACUUCCGACCGGAGGGCCAAGCUUGGCAUGGCCAGAGCGGGCGCGGGCGAGGGCGGGGCCAACGACAGUGGGGCUAUGGCCAGCGGGGCUACGGCUCCAGCAAGGCUCGCCACUACGGAAAAGGCAAAGGCAAGGGCAAAUGGCGCUACGUAUUUCACGGACAAGGCGAUACCUACCAGCUCGACAUUGCGAAGGCGGUAGAGCCACCGACAGAGGAGCAGCGCAAGGAGUUGGCGAGGAUGAACGCCAUCCAGCUGACGGCGGCCGCAGCAAUUGCACAGAAAGAAGCCUUCGGAGACACUCUCGGAGGCAACUACAUCAACGAUCCUUCUGUUUUGAUGCAGAGCCAGCAGCUAUCGCAAGGUUCCGGGUACUAUGGCUCGGCAGACAUGCAGGCACUGAACUCGUGCAUGGCCGUGCAGCCGGAAGGAGUAUUUGCAACCCCGUGGCCCAUGGACCAACCAGCAGCAGCGCAGCUACAGAGCUACCAGGCCGCCUCGUUUAGCAGCCAGAAUGCCAUGUCCGAAGCCCAAGGGGCCAUGGCAUGGACGUCUGAGAUCGCAACAAUGCAGCAGACCGAGCUGCCCCAGGCCUCCUUCAGCAGCCAGAGUGCCGUGCCCCAAGCCCAAGGGGCCAUGGCGUGGAUGCCUGAGAUCCCAACAAUGCAGCGGACCGAGCUGGCCCAGGCCGCCUCCUUUAGCAGCCAGAAUGCCAUGUCCGAAGCCCAAGGGGCCAUGGCUUGGACGCCUGAGAUCCUAAGACUGCAGCAGACCGAGCAGGCUGCGCCGUGCAGCAACCCAAAUUCCAUCGGCGAAGGUCAAGGGGCCCUGUCAUUUUGGGCCGACCAGUCUGCCACCACCAACGAGGAGGCCAUGCCACCUUUUCCGCAAAGCCUGGCGGCCGAGCCGGAAGGUCCUUUGACAACCUGGGCAGACCUCCUCCCCUACGGGAAUUUUCAGGACAUUGGUCGGGGUGUCGCUCGAUCGGAGUCGGGGGCGCUCUACUUUGAAUUCAGCAUGCGCAAGGCAUCUCCUUAUGACAAGCUCGGAAUGCUCGUGAAGCAUAUGUUCGGUCGUCCACCGGUCGAGGUGAAGGAAUUGCUGGACGAAGGCGUGAUUGUGGCCUGGAACAAGCAGUGUGUAGGGGAUGAGCUCCGGGAGACACGGAGGAUCGAACCGGGUGACCACAUCGUCAGUGUCAAUGGGCACACCGACGUGUCUGAAAUCAUGAAUCAGAUGCGGACGGAGGUCAAUCUCAGGUUUCAGGUCUUCCGCCACGCGAACUGCGUGAUGCGAAUGGGAUGGAGGUCGCCUGACAGAGGAUGGGAAGAAGCAUAG